UCGUUGCAGUCUGUUGAUUUCAUCAUUCCUCUCACGAGAUCUCGUUGAGCCGUAAGCGAACGAUGGCAUCGAUAGUUGUACCGGUAUUGCGAUUUAGUCGUCUGACAAUCGACAAUUUGUAUCAUAUAAGUAAAAGUGGCUUGCAUAGGUUGCCACAUGUAUCUUCAGGAUAUUCCUGGCAAGUCCAACACUACAGCACAAUUAUAGAAAAAAAGGAACCAGAUACUCCUGGUAAUGCUCCUCCAGUCCAAAAGCUUACAGAAAACGAGAAGAAGUUAAAGACGGAGCUUGAGCUCAUCAACAAAGAAAUCACCGAACUUAAAGAAACUAAAGAAUCACUCGAGGAUAAAUAUAAAAGAGCGCUGGCCGAAGGCGAGAAUAUCAGAGUUAGGCUCACCAAGCAAAUUAAUGAUGCCAAACUUUUUGGUAUUCAAGGUUUUUGUAAGGAUCUCUUAGAUGUAGCGGAUGUGUUAGGCAAGGCAACCGAAAGUGUACCAAAGGAUGAGAUAACGGAGAAGAAUCCACAUCUGAAGAGCUUGUAUGAAGGUUUAAUGAUGACAGAAGCUCAAUUACAUAAAGUUUUCAAUAAACACGGCCUAGUUUCACUAAAUCCAAUAAAUGAAAAAUUUGACCCCAAUGAGCACGAAGCGCUAUUUCAACAAGAGGUUGAAGGUAAAGAGCCUGGAACAAUUGUAGUUGUAUCGAAAGUAGGAUACAAAUUACACGAAAGGAUAGUGAGACCAGCUCUAGUGGGUGUCGCCAAAGGAUAACUAUCUGGUGUAAAGAUAGAUCAUUUAUUUUACGGGACAACUUGUUAAAUCACAUUACAAUGUGACAUAUAGCACAAUUGGUAUAAAUUAUAAUUUUCUUCGAAGUUUAAUAUACAAAAUAGGAAUCCAAUGUUAAUAUUUUAUAGUGUACAAGAGCAAAAAAAUAUACCUGUACAUAAAGACGCUUGUCGUAUAUUGUCGUACUUGCAUCAAAAUUGUUUUUAUCAUAUAAAUACAUUAUUAUUCGCAUCAUAGAUGUCAAAAUUGCUGCGGAAGAUGAUAAAUGUCACGCAAAUUAUAUAACGAAAAUGAUGAUACAUGUUUCAUUUUAUCUUCAGUCUGUGACGUGUCUUAAUAUGAAAAAUUAUCAUAAGUUUUGUAAUACUCUGUACGAUUUAUAUAAAUUAAACACUUGAUUACAGUUUCGA